AUGUCUCUCAAUCCAGAGGAUGUCUCUGACCUGAUGAUCCAAGCUCCCGGAAAGGUUGAAAUACACAUGAUCAAGUAUGUCAACCCGAACGGACUGACGGCAAAUCGUCGUUGCUGUGACCCGGUGAGGGGCAGCAGAAAGUGUGAGGGGGAAUGUGACCAUGCAUUUGUAGUAUGUUUGGAUAAAAGAAACGGCUAUAACAGAACCGGUUCUAUGAAGUUUAAGGUACGGGUUGAAGACCACGAUCCCGGCAGAAAUGAUUUUGUAGAACUUCUACGUACAUACUUAGACAUAACUCCAGACAGGUCAAGAGAGAAGUCAACGCCGCAUGCUGUCAACAUCAACAUGCGAACAAAAUUAGAAGCCACAUCUAGAGUCUAUUGCGACCAGUUUUAUCAUGGUCCACAGUGCAUGUCAUUCUGCGAGCCUCAUAACAAUGCUAGCGGCCACUACACCUGUAACGAGGCCAACGGCGAGAAAAUUUGUAUGAAAGUAGUAGCAACAACAAUAGUAGUGCUUGUAGUACCAGCAAGUAAAACAACGUUGUUACCAGUAGUAACAGCCACAUUUGUUGUAGGCCUAAUACUUGCAGUAGCAUCAUCAAUAGAGCCAGAAGCAGUAGCAAAGGUAGCGCUAGAAGUGGAAGCAAUAGCAGGAAUAAAAGUGCUAGAAGUGGAAGCAACAGUAGGAAUAACAGUGCUAGAAGUAAAAGCAAAAGCAGGAAUAAUAGUGCUAGAAGUGGAAGCAACAGCAGGAAUAACAGCGCUAGAAGUGGAAGCAAUAGCAGGAAUAACAGCGCUAGAAGUGGAAGCAAUAGCAGGAAUAACAGUGCUAGAAGUGGAAGCAAUAGCAGGAAUAACAGCGCUAGAAGUGGAAGCAACAGCAGGAAUAACAGCGCUAGAAGUGGAAGCAACAGCAGGAAUAACAGCGCUAGAAGUGGAAGCAACAGCAGGACUAACAGCGCUAGAAGUGGAAGCAACAGCAGGACUAACAGCGCUAGAAGUGGAAGCAACAGCAGGAAUAACAGCGCUAGAAGUGGAAGCAACAGCAGGAAUAACAGCGCUAGAAGUGGAAGCAACAGCAGGAAUAACAGCGCUAGAAGUGGAAGCAACAGCAGGAAUUACAGCGCUAGAAGUGGAAGCAACAGCAGGAAUAACAGCGCUAGAAGUGGAAGCAACAGCAGGAAUAACAGCGCUAGAAGUGGAAGCAACAGCAGGAAUUACAGCGCUAGAAGUGGAAGCAACAGCAGGAAUUACAGCGCUAGAAGUGGAAGCAACAGCAGGAAUAACAGCGCUAGAAGUGGAAGCAACAGCAGGAAUUACAGCGCUAGAAGUGGAAGCAACAGCAGGAAUAACAGCGCUAGAAGUGGAAGCAACAGCAGGAAUUACAGCGCUAGAAGUGGAAGCAACAGCAGGAAUUACAGCGCUAGAAGUGGAAGCAACAGCAGGAAUAACAGCGCUAGAAGUGGAAGCAACAGCAGGAAUAACAGCGCUAGAAGUGGAAGCAACAGCAGGAAUAACAGCGCUAGAAGUGGAAGCAACAGCAGGAAUAACAGCGCUAGAAGUGGAAGCAACAGCAGGAAUAACAGCGCUAGAAGUGGAAGCAACAGCAGGAAUAACAGCGCUAGAAGUGGAAGCAACAGCAGGAAUAACAGCGCUAGAAGUGGAAGCAACAGCAGGAAUAACAGCGCUAGAAGUGGAAGCAACAGCAGGAAUAACAGCGCUAGAAGUGGAAGCAACAGCAGGAAUAACAGCGCUAGAAGUGGAAGCAACAGCAGGAAUAACAGCGCUAGAAGUGGAAGCAACAGCAGGAAUAACAGCGCUAGAAGUGGAAGCAACAGCAGGAAUAACAGCGCUAGAAGUGGAAGCAACAGCAGGAAUAACAGCGCUAGAAGUGGAAGCAACAGCAGGAAUAACAGCGCUAGAAGUGGAAGCAACAGCAGGAAUAACAGCGCUAGAAGUGGAAGCAACAGCAGGAAUAACAGCGCUAGAAGUGGAAGCAACAGCAGGAAUAACAGCGCUAGAAGUGGAAGCAACAGCAGGAAUAACAGUGCUAGAAGUGGAAGCAAUAGCAGGAAUAACAGUGCUAGAAGUGGAAGCAACAGCAGGAAUAACAGUGCUAGAAGUGGAAGCAAUAGCAGGAAUAACAGUGCUAGAAGUGGAAGCAACAGCAGCAUCUAGUGACAAGCACAGUAGCAACAUGUAUAGAACAGACGCACCAGCGGAAUGUAGAGGUGGAGUUGUUACAACAAGAAUAGCAGCAGCAGAAGCAAUGAUGGUUGGUCUGGCAGAAACUGCGACAAAAGUCCUAACGACUGUAUUGGUCAUACAUGUGAGAAUGGGGCAACAUGUGUCGAUGAAGUGGAUUCUUAUUCUUGUAAAUGCCUUCCACGAUAUAAAGGUUUCCAGAAAAUACUGCGAAACCUACCACGACUUUUGUCAAGAUUCACCUUGCAAACAUAAUGGUGUCUGCGAAAAUAUAGAACGCGGUUUUAAAUGCACUUGUGCCUUAGGGUAUGUAGGAGACAAAUGCGAGUUUGAGAUCAAUGAAUGUGAUCCUAACCCGUGCCAGAAUGGUGCUGUUUGUCAUAACUUGAUAGGAAAGUUCGAAUGUGAGUGUGUUGGAUUUAAAGGCCUAACAUGUACCGAUGACGACGAUGAAUGUUUGAAAAACCCGUGUAGUAACGGAGGUACUUGUCAGAAUACGUUGGGUUCAUACAACUGCAAAUGCAACGAAGCAUGGAAAGGAAAAAAUUGUGAAAUUGAUAUCAAUGAAUGCGCGAAAAACCCGUGCAAGAACAAGGGAAAAUGUAUUAACUACAUGGGAACAUAUAUUUGUAAAUGCGCCGAAGGCUUUACUGGUAAGCACUGUAAAACUGAUGUGAAUGAAUGCUUAGAAUCACCAUGUGGUGCAUUUGGUACCUGCCAAAACACACAUGGUUCUUUUAAAUGUCUAUGUGCUGAGGGAUUUUUUGACAAACUUUGCAAUGCGGACACUGAUGAAUGUGUCAAAGAUCCGUGUUUAAAUGACGCGACAUGUGAAAACACUCCCGGUUCAUACAGGUGUAUUUGUGCGGAAGGAUUUCAUGGCCAGAACUGCUUACAAGAUGUAGAUGAAUGCAAAAGUUUAGAAUGUCAUAACAAUGGCACUUGUGUAAAUACUAAAGGAUCAUUUCACUGUGACUGUAACAGCAAUUUUACUGGUAAAUUUUGUGUAGAGGAUAUAAAUGAAUGUAUAGUGUCGCCGUGUGAAAACAGGGCGCGUUGUAAGAAUACUAUUGGAGGAUUUGAAUGUCAAUGUGAACCAGGGUGGCGUGGCCCUUUAUGUAAUGCUGAUAUAAAUGAAUGCGAUCUUGAUACCUGCAAAAAUGAUGCGACAUGUGUAAAUUCACGAGGAUCAUUUCAAUGUAUUUGCCAAGAAGGUUUUGAAGGAAAUGUUUGUUCAGUUGAUACAAACGAAUGCGACUUUGGCAUUUGUGAGAAUAAAGGUACAUGUACGAAUACAUAUGGUUCUUUUGAAUGUAGGUGUGCUGAUGGGUAUAGGGGACAGACUUGCAAUGAGGAUGAAGACGAAUGUUUAAAGAUGCUAUGCAUCAACGGAGCUACAUGUCACAACACUUUUGGCUCUUACCGCUGCGAAUGUGCUACAGGCUGGGAGGGAAAACAUUGCGAAACUGACAUCAACGAAUGUACAACGCACAGUCCUUGCGAAAACGGCGGCGAGUGUAUAAAUUAUCUUGGAACGUAUGUUUGUAAAUGUGUCGAAGGUUUUUUGGAUGAACAUUGCGCAACAGAUCUUAAUGAAUGUGAUCGGAAGCCAUGUGGCAGCUUCGGUUCAUGUGAAAAUUCACAUGGGUCCUUUAUUUGUCAUUGUAAUAGCGGAUUUCAGGGAAGUCUGUGUAACUCUGAUAUUGACGAAUGUGAGAAUAGUCCAUGUAAGAACAACGCUACAUGUAACAAUAUACAUGGCUCAUAUUCAUGUCUAUGUGCUGACGGAUUCUUGGGACAUGACUGUAUGGCGGACAAAAAUGAGUGCUUAGAUAACCCAUGCAUUAAUAACGGUUCAUGCACAAAUUCCAUAGGGUCAUAUAACUGUCAAUGUGUUGACGGUUGGCAAGGACAACACUGUGAAAUUGAUGUUAAUGAAUGCAAUGAAAAUCCUUGUAAAAAUAAGGGUAGCUGCAAAAAUGUGAUUGGAUCAUACCAUUGUGAAUGUAAAGAUGGAUGGACUGGAAACUUGUGUCAAAACGACGUGAAUGAAUGCGAUUUAGGAGCAUGUAAAAACGAAGCAACAUGCGUGAAUUCAGAAGGCUCAUUUAAGUGCAUCUGUACCGAGGGCUUCAAAGGAGAUACUUGUAACAAUGAUGUUGAUGAAUGCGAAUACAGUAUUUGUGAAAACAACGGUAAAUGCACCAAUACUUAUGGAUCGUUUCAUUGUAAAUGUGCAAGUGGUUUCAAAGCACUGACUUGUAAUGAAGAUAUAGAUGAAUGUUUAGAAUUUCCCUGCAACAACGAUGCUACGUGCACUAAUACUGUCGGGUCCUAUACAUGCUCUUGUGUAUUAGGGUGGGAAGGAAAACAUUGUGAAAAUGACGUAAAUGAAUGCACGGAAGUUCCAUGCGGUAAAUACGGAGAAUGUAAAAAUUUGGUUGGAACAUUUGAAUGCCAGUGCUAUCCGGGAUGGACGGGAAAACUGUGCAAGAAAGAUGUGAACGAAUGCAUUUCAGAUUCAUGCAAAAACGGAGGAACGUGUAUAAACUCACAAGGAUCGUUCCGAUGUUACUGUCCUGAUGGGUUUAAAGGUUCGGCUUGUUCAGAAGAUGUUAACGAAUGCCACUUAAAUGUUUGCAAAAAUGGCGGCAAUUGUACAAAUACACACGGUUCGUUUUAUUGUAAGUGUAAACCUGGCUUUGAUGGUUUAACUUGUAAUGAAGAUAUUGAUGAGUGCUUGACAAAGCCGUGCAGCAAUGGUGCAACAUGUGACAACACCAUCGGCUCGUACUAUUGUCAGUGUGCCGAAGGAUGGCACGGGAAACAUUGUGAGAUCGAUAUGGAUGAAUGCAAAGAAAAUCCAUGCGGUAGACAUGGUAAAUGCAGAAAUCUCGUCGGUUCAUUUGAAUGUGAAUGUAACCCCGGUUGGCGAGGACUUGUGUGUCAAAAAGAUGUUAAUGAGUGUUAUCAGGAUAUAUGUAAAAACAAUGCCCCUUGCAGAAAUUCAGUUGGUUCUUUCACUUGUUUUUGUCCGGAUGGAUUCAAAGGCGAUGUUUGUGAAGAAGAUGUAAACGAAUGUGAUUUUGGAGUUUGUAAAAAUAAUGCCACGUGUACAAAUUUAUAUGGCUCAUUUGAUUGUAAAUGUGAGCCAGGAUUGUUGGGCCUUACCUGUAAUGAGGACAUCGAUGAAUGUUUGACAAAUCCGUGCAACAAUGGCGCUACAUGUCAUAACACAUACGGAUCGUUUUACUGUGAAUGUUUAGAAGGAUGGCAGGGCAACAAACACUGCGACAGCGAUACAGAUGAAUGUCUGGAAAAUCCAUGCAAAAAUAAUGGGAUCUGCAAAAAUUUAGUUGGCUAUUUUGAAUGCGAGUGUCAACCAGGAUGGACAGGUUCACUGUGUUCCAAAGAUGUCAAUGAAUGCGAAUCAAAUUCUUGCAAGAAUGGCGCGAUUUGUAAAAAUUCAGUAGGCUCGUUCAGUUGCGUUUGUCUUGAAGGAUUUAAAGGAAAAAUCUGCGCUGAUGAUGUAGACGAAUGCAAAUAUGACAUAUGUGAAAACAAUGGUACAUGUACAAAUACAUAUGGUUCAUUUGACUGCAAAUGUCAGCCAGAAUUUACGGGGCUUACCUGUAACAACGAUGUUGAUGAAUGUUUGACGGAUCCCUGCAGUAAUGGAGGAACUUGUUAUAACAGCGACGGGUCUUAUAUAUGUAAAUGUGUAAAAGGGUGGCACGGAAAACAUUGUGAAAUUGAUACAGAUGAAUGUGAUAAUAAUCCAUGUAAGAACGAAGGAAUAUGUAGAAACCUUGUUGGGUCAUUUGAAUGUGAAUGUAAACUAGGUUGGAAUGGCACUGUUUGCUCAGAGGAUGUCAAUGAAUGCGUUUUAGAUGGGUGCAAGAACAAUGCCUCAUGCAGUAACUCAGAAGGGUCAUUUAGUUGCUUCUGCUCUGAAGGAUUUCAAGGGAAAAUUUGUGCAGAUGAUGUGAACGAAUGUGCAUAUGGCAUUUGUGAAAACAAUGGUACUUGUACAAAUACAUACGGGGCCUUUGACUGCAAAUGCGAACUCGGUUUUAGAGGGUUAACUUGUCAUGAGGAUAAAAACGAAUGUUUGAAAAAUCCGUGCAGUAACAAUGGCAUCUGCACUAACACACAUGGUUCGUACAUGUGUACAUGUGCUGAUGGCUGGCAAGGUAUGAACUGUGAAAUUGAUACCGACGAAUGCACUGAAAAUCCUUGUGAAAAUGGUGGAACCUGUAAAAAUUUAGUUGGUACUGUUGAAUGCGUAUGUACCCCAGGGUGGAAAGGAAAAGUGUGCGAUGUAGAUGUUAAUGAAUGUCAUAAAUCUAUGUGUAAGAACAAUGCAAGUUGUGUAAAUACGCAAGGAUCAUUUAAUUGUCACUGUACUGAAGGUUUUCAUGGUGCAAUUUGUUCCGAAGACGUUAACGAAUGUAAAUAUGGAAUAUGCGAGAACGGCGGUACUUGUACAAACACGCAUGGAUCUUUUGAUUGUAAGUGUCUAAGCGGAUAUAUGGGAUUAACUUGUGGUGAUGAUGUAAACGAAUGCACGGAAAACCCAUGCAGCAACGACGCUACAUGUAAAAACACCAUAGGGUCAUAUACAUGCGCAUGUGUUGAUGGAUGGCAUGGAAAACAUUGCGAAAUUGAUACUGAUGAGUGCAAUAAAAACCCGUGCUUUCAUGGAGCAAAAUGUAGAAAUAUGGUGGGUUCGUUUGAAUGUGAAUGUAAGCUUGGAUGGACAGGUGAGCUCUGUGAACAAGAUAUGGACGAAUGCAGUAUGGAUAUGUGCAAAAAUGGCGCGACGUGUUUAAACUCCCAUGGAUCGUUUGUUUGUUUCUGCUCUGAAGGAUUUCAAGGAAAUGUUUGUUUGGAUGACGUCAAUGAAUGCGAGUAUGGUAUAUGCGAAAACAACGGAACAUGUAUAAAUACGUACGGUUCAUUUGAUUGUAAAUGUGCAGGGGACUUUUCAGGUCGUACAUGUAAUAAUGAUAUAGAUGAAUGCCUCAAAGAACAUCCAUGUAGUAAUGGAGCAACAUGUCAUAAUACUGUGGGAUCAUACAGCUGUGAGUGUGCAGACGGCUGGUAUGGUAAGCAUUGUGAAAUCGACGACAACGAAUGUCUCGAAAACCCAUGUGAUAAUAAUGGCAUAUGCAUAAACACAUAUGGCUCAUAUACCUGUAAAUGUGUGGACGGUUUUUCUGGCUUAACCUGUACUGAAGACGUUGAUGAAUGUUUGGUACGUCCUUGUAACAAUGGCGCUACCUGUAGCAAUACGUUAGGGUCAUACUUCUGCGAAUGUCGCAAAGGCUGGCAAGGAAAUCAUUGUGAAAUAGAUGUAAAUGAAUGCAAUGAAAAUCCUUGUGAAAAUAACGGAACGUGUAUAAAUACAUACGGUUCGUUCAAAUGUAUCUGCCAACGAGAUUUUUCAGGUUCUAUAUGUAAUAAUGAUAUUGAUGAAUGUCUACAGAACCCAUGUGGUAAUGGAGCCACCUGUCACAAUACCAUUGGCUCAUAUUUCUGUGAAUGCAGCGAAGGAUGGAUUGGUCAACACUGCGAAAUAGACGUUAACGAAUGCAAUAAAAAUCCUUGUGACAACAAUGGCAUUUGCACCAAUACCUAUGGGUCAUUUAACUGUAAAUGCGAACGGGGGUAUUCUGGAUUCAAUUGUAAUGAGGAUGUAGAUGAAUGUAUACAGAAACCAUGUAAUCAUGGUGCCACCUGCACUAACACUAUGGGAUCAUAUGAAUGCGAAUGUGCCGAUGGAUGGCAAGGAAUGAACUGUGACGUAGACAUAAAUGAAUGUGGAAACGAUCCGUGUUUUAACAAUGGUACGUGUAUAAAUUCUCUCGGGUCGUACAUAUGCCAAUGUACUGAAGGCUUUAAGGAUGCUGUUUGUAAAACUGAUGUCAAUGAAUGCGACAAAGGACCAUGCGGAGAUUUUGGGACUUGUGAAAACACAUAUGGUUCUUUUUCUUGUAAAUGUGCGGAAGGAUUUUACGGCAAACUAUGCAAUUCAGAGCAUAAUGAAUGUGCAGACCAUCCAUGCAAAAAUAAUGGAACGUGUUACAAUUUACCUGGUACAUACAGUUGCAAAUGUGUAGAGGGAUUUUCUGGUAAAAACUGUUCCUCUGACGUCAACGAAUGCGAAAGUAUUGAAUGCUUUAACAAUGGUACGUGUGUAAAUACAUUUGGAUCAUUUUACUGCAAAUGUUCUGACACAUUUUCUGGUGCACUCUGUGAUGACGACGUUAAUGAAUGCCUCUCCUCGCCAUGUAGAAAUGGCGGCACAUGUAAUAACAUUGAAGGGUCUUAUGAGUGUCUCUGUAACGCUGGUUAUGAAGGUUUCUUUUGUCAAAAUGACACAGAUGAAUGCUCGACAUUACCUUGUGGCGGGUACGGUUCAUGUCUAAACAGUUUUGGCUCGUACUCGUGUUCAUGCCAAACGGGAUUCUUUGGUUUUCACUGCCACAAAGAUGUAAAUGAAUGCGAGGACAGUCCAUGUAGAAAUAAUGCUACAUGCGAGAAUGAACCGGGGUCUUUCCGAUGUUCUUGUACUGACGGGUUUUUGGGCAAACUUUGCGAGGAGGACCUAGAUGAGUGUUUACAGUCACCGUGCAUCAAUGGAACAUGCAACAACACGUACGGUUCGUUCGAAUGUGAUUGUUUCGAUCGUUUUCGUGGCAAGCUUUGUGAUACCUACGUUAGUGCUAUUGUGAAGAAACCCUGGGCGGUCACACAUUGGUACGCUAUUCUAGUCAUUGUCACAGGCGGGGUAAUCCUUUCCUUGUUACCUGCAGUCAUUUACGUCAACAAAAGACGAAUACAGAUGUCAAGGACGAAUGGGAGUGUGCGAAAGUGGGUAUCCCCGGAAGACCUGACUUCUAACGGGUAUGAUAACAUUGUUCAUAAUGGCGAAACUCCACAGUAUGGUAGAAUAAUCAGGUAUCUUACUCCACAUCGUACGCACAGAUAAACAGACACGGUGAAGAGAAGCGACAAAAAUAAACUCCUUUGAGGCAGGAUUUUUGGCAACUCCGUAAAAUGAAAACACACGCGUUUCUCUUUAAUUAACGAUAAUAUUACCUUCGUUUGUAAGAACUAUUUCUUUUGUGACAUUUUUUAUUCUAGUCGAUAUAUCUAUGUAUGCGUGCACUGUAGUUUUUGCGCUAUGUCUAUAUUUUUUAAAAAAAAUAUUUAGUGUUUGAUCAAAUUUUGAAGCACUUUAAAGAAUUUUACGUGAAUUCACUUGUUUCACCAAUUGAACAUGUUUAUGUUAUAUUGCCACCCAAAGAACACAAAGGUACAAAUAAAAAGUUUUAAAUCAAUGAUCACAUUUAAGUCUAUAUGUAUAUGCCAGUGAUAUCAGAGUAAGAAAUUUAAAAUGCACAUGUUUCCACGUACGUACUGUUGCUUGAACAAAAAAUGAAAAGACCCUCUGGAAGCAUAGAGCAACCUAGAACUGGUGAGAGGUAAUGAAAGUGUGCAAUCCGCCAGCGUACAAAGCAUCCCUGAUAUACGUUUGAAUGGACUGCACCGGAAAUAUAAUGAAUGGAAUCCGUGAAUCCAAAACAACAGAAAUAAUACUAGCAAGAAGAAAGUUUGGGACAAUUUUACUGACACCUCGCAACACCCUCGGACCACUGUUGUGAAUGUUGAGUUAAUGAAAUCUGCAGUCAAACAGUAUAUAUAAAUAUAAAUAUAUAUAUAUAUAUUACGUUGUUUAUACAUGUCCCGGUAUGUCCUGAUUUAAAUCUGUCGGAUUUCAAGCACACAAUAGGAAACAUCAUAAACUCACUAAGUGUAUUUUGAAGAAUGCCCUUGAUAAAAUGAUAACCUAUAUAUAUUCUGGCACGUAUACAGAAACUCUGUAUCUUUUAUCCCAAUGUCACUUUCCACAAUCGUGAUCGUAUCGCAUAUAUUAACUGAUAUGUCAUCAUUUAACAAACGACAACAAGUUAACAAACCAUGUCAGCAAUGCAGCUAUGUAUAAAGUGUUCCAUAUAAAGUUCUGGUUCAGUUCUAAUUAAGAGCCUCAGAAAGACACUCUUCAAGCAACGGGUGCCGAGACUUCCGGGAUUCGAGCACACGGCCUAUGGACCUGAACUCCGGUGCUCUUUCCUGAUUUUAAAUGGGUGUAUUUGGGGCACAAUCAGCUAAUGUCACAGUCCCUACCAUUAUGAGGUCUUCGUUUCAAACUCACAAGGCGAUUCAGUGGAAGGGAGACAAUUGCGGUGAAGAGGUUGGAAAGAACGUAUAACAUUUGUGUGCUCUUGAUUUUCAUAAUCUUGCCAGUUUUAUCUUAAUUCUGUUUCAGUAAACUUGUUUCCUUAAGUCACAGAAAGCUUCUCUACACGGAUCAGAGAUAUCUUGAAUAUGUUAUUUACUGAUUUCAGUUAGAUGUCGUAACCUGUUUAAUAUGUUGUUAUAUUUUCUGUUUUCAGUUGGAUUUCUCAAACUUCUGGUUAUGUUAUAUUCUUUUUGUAUGUUUGACACGCUGGGCAGAAAUGACAACCAUUGCCGAAUCAAAUGCAUUUUCAAUUUCUUAAGUUUUAUUUUUCUGGCCACAACUAGUCAUCUUAUCAGUGUAGGAAUACAUGUAAAGUAACA